AUGGCGGCUACAGCAUCGCGGGGCUCGUCCCCUUUCUCCCGCUUUGGCGACUCGCAAUCCUUCAACUUCGACGCGUUAAAGAACUUUUCCGCGCUCACCCCCUCGAUACAGUCUCAUCUGCAGAAGGUCUACCUGACGCUCUCGCUGACGCUGGUCGUCGCGUCGCUGGGCGCGUACGCGCACGUGCUGUGGGGCCUCGGCGGCGCGCUCUCGUCGAUAGCGUCCAUCGCGGGAGUGCUCUGGCUCAACGCCACUCCCGCCGUACCCGCUAACGAGCCGUUUCGCUUUCGCCUGCUUCUCGCCAUUGCCUUCUCGCACGGCUGCUCCAUCGGUCCGCUCGUCGAUGCUGUUAUUCAAAUCAACCCCGGUCUGCUAGUCACAGCAUUCGUCGCAACAGCGGCCAUCUUCCUGUGCUUCUCAGGAGCGGCGCUGCUGGCUAAGCGCAGGGAGUACCUGUACCUGGGGGGCUUCCUCGCCUCUGCCGUCUCCACCAUGCUCGCCCUUCGCCUCGCUUCCAUCUUCUUUGGCGGCUCUAACGCUGUUUUCCAGAUGGAGCUGUACGGAGGCCUGCUGGUCUUCUCAGGAUACAUCAUAUACGAUACACAGGUGCUGCUGGAGAGGGCGAGGCAAGGCCAGUGCGACCACGUGGUGGACGCCCUCGAGCUGCUGCUGGACUUUGUCGCUGUCUUUGUCCGCAUCCUCUUCAUCCUCGGGGAGAAGCAGGGUCAUUGCGACCACGUGGUGGAUGCCCUCGAGCUGCUGUCGGGCUUUGUGGCCGUCUUUGUCCGCAUCCUCUUCAUCCUGUGCUCAGUGCUGAAGCACACUCGCCUGCUCACUCCCACCCCUCUCAUCAACUCAUCAUCUCUCAUGCUAUGCCGUGCCGUUCUGUCUUGUGCCGUGCCAUGUCGUGCUGUGUCAUGUGCUCUGCUUGCACUGUGCUGCUUCACGUGCCGGGCAGACGAGGAAGGAGGAGAGGGAGGAGGAGCAGCGGGCAUCAUCCAAGCGCAGGGCUGCUGCCAGCACCUCCCGCCGUUGACUCUUUCGCCACCCAAUCGAAUGCUCCUCGCGCAUUCUCUCCGCCGCCCCGUCCGCCUUCCGCGUCUCCUACCGCUCGCUCCCCCUUCCCCUCCCCCGCUCGCUCCCCAUUCCCCUCCGCCGCCCGGUCCCCUGGUCCGCUCCCCGCUCUGCCCCUCCCUCCGCUGCUUACACUCGUCUGAGCUUUGGAGUCGACUCAAUAAUCGACCUGAGCUAGCCACCUCUCGCCGACGGUGCUUGCCAAAGGAGCGACCUUCCCUUGACGGCGAGGACGGCCCGCUGCCAGUGGUGAUUCUGCUGGACUUUGAAACGACCGGGCAGGGCACCACCCAGAAUCGCAUAGUGGAGCUGGCUCUGAGGGACGUGGCGGGUGGGCGGGGCGCGGCGCUGCACACGCUGGUGAACCCGUUCCCGCGGCACAUCUCUUCAGAGGCGGAGAGGAUUCAUGGGAUUAGCAUGCGCAUGGUCAACCGCCCCUCCGUUCCCCACUGGCCAGCAGCCGGCCGGCUGCUGGUGGACUUUGUGGAGGCCAGGCGGGCGGCGCAGGCAGAGCGGACGGCAGUUUCAGUACACAGCACGGCUACCACUGGCGUCUACGUGAACACCGAGGCGGGGGCAGGGAUGCGUAUGGGGAUGAGUGCAGAGAUGACUCAGAUGAGCGCUGUCUCUUCUGCAGCCCCCCUGCUGCUCCCCCCGGUGGUGCUGGUGGCGCACAACGGGUGGUCGUUUGACUUCCCUCUGCUGCGCAACGAGCUGCAGCGAGUUGGGAUCGCUGUGCCUCCUGGAUGGCACUCCCUAGACUCCAUGCGCCUCGUGCAAAGACUCUUCAAAGACACGGAUCGCAUGCCAGCGAGCAAGGCGCUGGGAUUCCUCUACUCAACGCACUUCUGCUGCUCCACGCCCUUUGCGCACCCUGACCUGGCCCACCGAGCCAUGGCCGAUGUGGACAAACUGGCCGAGGUGCUCGCUGCUGCCAUGUGGGAGCGAGGGGUUACUGUUCAGCAAUUGUUACAGUACACUAAACCAUUCUUAUGA